CCUCAAAUCACGUUUGCGAUUCGAAACUAUAAAUAUCAGAGCGGUAAACUGUAUCUAGUGCUUGGAAAAUUAUCUGACAGUGACAGACAUGGCAACGCAGGAUUUUAAUGUUUUGCUUGCGACAGAUUCGUACAAGAUCACACACUACAAACAGUACCCACCCAACGUCGGCAAGGUGUACUCCUACUUCGAGUGUCGGCGCAGGAAGGAGAGCCAGUUCAGUGAAGUGGUGUUCUUCGGCCUGCAGUAUCUUCUGAAGAAGUACCUGGCAGGGCCAGUCAUCACAGAGGAGAAGAUUCAGGAGGCCAAACUCUUCUUCCAGCAGCACUUCAGACAGACUGUGUUUGAUGAGGAGGGAUGGAGAAAAAUACUGGAGAAGUACGACGGUCGACUUCCCAUCCGGAUCAAAGCGGUUCCAGAAGGAAAGAUUAUUCCCAGGGGAAAUGUUCUCUUCACAGUGGAAAACACGGACCCAGAUUUCUUCUGGCUCACAAACUACAUUGAGACCAUGCUGGUCCAGAUGUGGUAUCCCAUCACCGUGGCGACCAUCUCUCGGGAGUUCAAAAAGAUUCUGGCCAAGCACCUGAAGGCCACGUCCGGCAGCCUGGAGGGGCUGGAGUUCAAGCUGCACGACUUCGGCUACAGAGGCGUUUCCUCACAGGAGUCUGCUGCGCUGGGCGGGGCAGCCCACCUGGUGAACUUCUGCAGCACAGACACGGUGGCGGGCCUCCUGAUGGCCCAGCGAUACUACAGCUGUCCCAUGGCCGGGUUCUCCAUCCCCGCUGCAGAGCACAGCACGAUCAUCUCCUGGGGCCGCAGCCGGGAGAAGGAGGCGUUUGAGAGCCUGCUGGACCAGUUCCCCUCCGGGCCGGUGUCCGUGGUGAGCGACAGCUACGACAUCUUCAAGGCCUGCAAGAACAUCUGGGGUGACAAGCUGAAGGAGCGCGUGAUGGAGCGCAGCCAGGACUCCACCCUGGUGAUCCGGCCCGACUCCGGAGACCCUGCGGAGACCGUCAUCGAGGUGAUAAAGAUUUUGGAGGACUGCUUCGGGAGCUCGGUGAACUCCGCCGGGUACAAGCUGCUGCCGUCCUACCUGCGCAUCAUCCAGGGAGACGGGAUCGACCUGCAGUCCGUGGAGGAGAUUCUGAUGAAGCUGCGUGAUGAAGGCUGGAGUGCGGAGAACUUGUUCUUCGGCUGCGGCAGUGCCCUGCUGCAGAAGCUCAACAGAGACACCCUGCACUGCGCCUUCAAGUGCAGCUAUGUGGAGUCCAACGGCAAGGGGAUGGAUGUGUACAAACAGCCCGUCACGGACCCGUCGAAGGGUUCAAAGCGGGGGCGCCUGUCUCUGAGGAGGAACUCUGAUGGAUUCAUAGAGACAGUGGAACGAGGGGUGGGCAAGCCCGAGGAGGACCUGCUGGUGACUGUGUUUGAGAACGGCUCCAUCCUGCAGGAGUACACACUGGAGGAGAUCCGCAAGAACGCCAGACUGCAGGAGGAGGACCUCCGCCCCUCCCAGCACAACCAGGACAGCCCCAGGGCGGAGGUGCACCAAAAACACAUCAUGAACGGAGUGCACUAACCGCAAGGACUCACAGCAACGCUGCCCAUGGUGGACCAAUCCGCAGCCUUUGCUUCAGCCUCACAAAGCCCGGCCCCGCCCCCACACUAAUUUAUUAAGGCCUUAAAACUGGCUGUCCAGUGUAAAUCUGUUUAGAAUGAAUAGGGUGGAUGUGGGAUAUUGAGUGUCCAUUGGGCAAUGGUAGUGCUAGAGGUGGUGGUGUCCAGUGUAGUGUGUUUUUCUUUGUUUCCAGUGGGCAGAGGUGAAGUUCAUUGGUUGUGGUUCUGAACUCUGAACUCGGCUAAAUCUGCAGCCAAACAUGGCUGUUUAUCUUUUGACAUCACCGGGGCUUAUUUAGUUAUUUAGGAACUGCCUUAAAAAGGGUGGGAAUGCAUACCCAUCAAGCUCCCUGUCCCACCAGCACUGCCAGUCCAUCAAACAAAUGGGCAUUAUCUGCGAUUAUGUCAGAGUUUAGUGAAGUCCCUGGUUCCUCCUUGUGUCAUAUCUAGACUGUUAUCCCCACUAGACUGAUAACACCAGCACAUAGAUUUUGUCAAGUAUUCACAAGUGAAACUGCAGGUUCCCCAGCCGGUCAAGUAUGGGUGAAUUUUUGCAUCUGCAUCCCUGCACUGAAAACUGACUGAAUUGCAAGUUAAUUUGAGCCUAUUGGUGCCUUUUGAUCUGACCAUUGCCUCAGACAAGAAUAUUAACAGUGGUUGACACACUGUUUUUGUGCUUAUUAAAAAUACAACCCUAAGGUAUUGUUUUAUUUGUGCUUUUUAUUAUGUUUAACCAUUCUGUAUGUUCUGAUUUUAAUUCUAAUUCUAAUCACUCUGGUUGCGAAUGUAAUACUUAUUUUUAGUUUAUUUUAAGUGUUACAUUUGAUACUUUGGCAAAUUUGCAGACUGCUGCCAGUGUAUUUUUCAUACCCUGUUUUGCAGUAUGAUGAAACCUGCUUUGAUGCAAAAAGACUUAUCUUCAAUAUACAGUAUAAAUGAAGCAUUGGACAGGAAGCAAUUAAGCCUACCUCUUUUUCUAUUCUACCUACGUAAUGCUGUUAAUAUAAUACCAAUAAUACACAGGCAAAAAUGUCGUAUAUUAUACUAUUGUGUAAAUAUUUAAAAUGUAAUCAUUUUUAGCAUGCCAGUGGCAGAACGUUUGUCCGUUUUGUUUUAAGGAAAAAGUGAUAUUUUGUAUGACCACAAAAUAAAGAGAUCUUCAACUGAAAGUUAA